AUGGCUACUCAAAAAGAUAACCCCGACAUCAUCCAUCUCGAAACUCCACCCACACAAGACUCCUCCAAGAACAUCGCCAGCGAAAUCACUCCCGUCCCGAAAGCCUCUAAUCUCCCCAUCACAGGCAGGGACAAAGCCGCCCAGUUCCUCAAACAAGCCAACCACUCCGCCAUCAUCGUCACCCCCAGCGAAAAUGCUCGCAUCCUCCGCAAAAUCGACCUCCACAUCCUCCCCAUUGUCCUUUUCGUCUACUGCCUCCAGUCCUUAGACAAGACCACCCUCUCAUACGCCUCGGUCUUUGGCCUCAUCGAUGACACGCACCUCGAGGGCGAGCAGUUUUCAUGGCUGGGCUCCGUGGUGUACGUCGCCCAGCUGGUCUUCCAGCCACUGGUGGCGUACGCGCUGGUGAAGUUGCCAGUGGGCAAGUUUUGCGCGACGAUGGUAUUUUGCUGGGGGGCGGUGCUGUGUGGGAUGACGGCGGCGAGGAAUUUUGGGGGGUUGAUGGCGGCGAGACUGUUGUUGGGAGCGUUUGAAGCUUCUGUUGCUCCGACGUUUAUUGCUGUCGUGCAGAUGUGGUACCGGCGAAAAGAGCAGACAACCCGUAACGCAUCUUGGUAUGCUAUGCUUGGAGUUGUCAACAUGCUCGGAAGUCUUCUCACAUACGGCCUAGGCCACAUCAAAUCAACUCUCCACCCAUACCAAAUCAUCUUCCUCUUUUGCGGCUGCAUCACCGUUGCCUUUUCAGUAGUCAUGUACUUCUUCAUGCCUGACUCCCCAAUGGAAGCCAAAUUCCUCAAAGAAGACGAAAAAGUCAUCGCCAUCGAGCGUCUCCGCAUGAACCAAAUGGGCAUUGGCUCCGGCGUCUGGAAAUGGGACCACGUCCGCGAAGCCAUGCUCGAUCCAAAGACGUGGCUCUGGUUCUGCCUCAUGCUCACCAUUUCCAUCCCCAGCGGAGGCAUUUCUACUUUUGGCCCUCUCAUCAUCCAGUCCUUUGGCUUCGACUCCUUCACUACAAUCCUCUUCAACAUCCCCUUCGGUGCUGUGCAGAUGAUUUCCACUCUCGGCGGCGCCUGGGUCUCCGACAAAAUAAACAUGAAAUCUGCCGUUCUCCUCUUCCUCUGCCUCCCCCCAAUCGCAGGCUGCGUCAUCCUCCUCGUCACAGGCCGAGCUCCCUCCGACCGAGCCGUUCUCCUCGUCGGAUACUACAUCAUCUCCGUAUAUCCCGGCAUUUCCCCUCUCAUCUACUCUUGGUCCGGGCAGAAUACCGCUGGUGACACGAAGCGAAAAGUAACUACCGCUAUGCUCUUUAUCGGAGCGAGCGUCGGCAACAUUAUAGGCCCGCAACUGUUCAAGCCGAGCGAGAAGCCACGCUAUGAUCGCGGGCUGCGAUCAAACCUGGCACUCUUUGUGGUGCUGGCAGUUUUGAUCGUCAUAGGAAUGCUUUGGAUUAAGAUCCUCAACAGACGGCAAGCGGCGAGACGGCGAGAGCUGGGCAAGUCAGAAGUGAUUCGCGAUCUGAGCAUGAUGGACAGGAAGAAAGAUGGCAGUGAGUAUGACGAGGAAGGUAUCAACAUGGGAGAUGAGAAUGUUGGAGACAAGGCGUUUGAAGAUGUGACGGACUUGCAGAACGAAGAUUUCAUCUAUGUUUAUUAA